AUGGCAACCGCGAUUCUCCGCCAUGAAAGCUUAAGCUUACGCCACCCUUUUCCUCUGGGGUCUCGCAGAAAGAGGUUCGAAUCGAAUAACAGAAGGGAAUCGGAAUCCAUGGUGACCAAACCCCCGGCGAAGAACCUGGUGAUGGGCCAGGUCAAGAUCCUGAAGCGCGGUGAACCCUUGAUCGCCGCCGCCGAGAACACCGAUGGAUCAAGGGGUGAUGUUGAAGCGUUUGAUUUGAGCUUGGGUUCGACGAACCGGCUUGGCCCAGAUCCUGAAACGAUGCAAAAGCAAAUUAAGCUUAAGGAAUUCAAGAUCGGUGGUGGGUUUUAUGCCAGUUCUUCGUCAUUCAAUUCGCCGCCGCCUAGUUCGGUUCCGGUCCCUGGGUUUUUGGGAAGGGCUGCAAGGGUAAGCCCUUAA